AUGAAAAACGGACCAGUUGUCGCUGGGUUCACUGUGUAUGAAGAUUUCGGCUGGUACCGAAGCGGAAUUUAUAAGCACACAUGGGGUGAUGAAGCGGGUGGCCAUGCAGUGAAGGUUAUAGGAUGGGGAACGGAAAACGGAACAGCUUACUGGCUCGUUGCCAACUCGUGGCACAAUGAUUGGGGAGAGAAGGGUUACUUCCGUAUGAUUCGUGGAAUCAACGACUGUGGAUUCGAAGAGGAUAUGGUUGCUGGGUUAAUCCAGUAA